CAGCUUCGUGGCACAGGGAGGCGGCUUCAAUUUGCAAAGCGCGGAGUUCUUCACUUGGCGGCUUUCACCUGUGCUCAGUUUGGCGGCUCUAAAUACCGAGAAUGGAACCAGGAAAUGGCGGAAAUUCCCCCGAGCAGCGGCGGAAGAGGACUUACUCAGCCUCCUCGGAGCCGCUGAACUUGAUCAGGCGCCGAAACGAUGACGGCACUCUUGACUGGCGAUGGCUGGAAGAGAACGAACAUGCCCCUGGUGACCGAAGUUGUGGAACGAGUUCGGGUGAAAUCGCGGACCUGGAAGCGCCAUCCACAUCGCAUGGCCGGAGUAGGCUCUGGAUCGAGCCUUCUCCACCUCCAAAAGAGGUUUCAGAGCCACCUGUGGGCAUCGCCACGAGGUUCUUUCCCCCGUCGUCGCUCAUCGAUCCUUUUACGCCAGUGCUGAAGGGGAUCUCUGCGGGCAACUCUACCUGGCAUCGUCGCUCAGGAGUCAAUAGCGAGAGCACGGUCCCAAUGCCCAACGUGAGCCCCACGCAAGCUACUGCCCCGUGGGAGGAAGCCCAAGAAGAACAGCCCGGCCCAUCAAACAUGUCUAAACUGUAUCACUGAGGUCAUCCGAACGGCAACGCUCGAUCGUCACGAGCGCAUCAAUGUGACGACAAUGUAAUAACGUUUUUACCUUGAA